AUGAGUCCAUUUUCAUCAGCUAUUAUUGAAAAAAGAGGAGCAAGAUUCGCUGUAAGAGUUGGAAGUAUAACUUAUUUUCUAUAUAUUGCAGCACUCCUGUUCCCCACUUUGAAGGAGAAUAAUAAAAACUCAGAUCUAUUUAUUUUCACAGAUGGCUUUAUCUACUCGGUCAUUAUUAUAUUCGCAAUAAUAAAUGGUAUCGGCAGUUCACUUCUUUGGUGUGGUCAAGGAGUAUACCUCUCUGAAUGUGCAAGUGAGAAAACUAAAGGACUAUUCUUCGCCAUACUAUCAGCACUUUCAAUGUCAUCUUAGUUUCUUGGAAAUCUAUUGUCAGCUUUAAUAUUAGGAAACACAGAUAAGCUCACAUAUUUCAUCAUAAUGGCGAGCAUUGCAGCAGUUGCUUCAAUUCAACUUUAAUUUCUGAGAGCUCCUAAGCUAGCCAUAUCAUAUGAAGAGAGUCAAUCUGUUUUAUAACAACAUGAAAAUAAUGAAAACAUAAAGAUUGCUGGAGGUACAACUAAUAAUGCAGAUGAAACUAUGCAGACUUAUCAAGAAACAUUACUACCAGCUUUUAAAAGGGAAAUAAGCAACUUUGAAUAGCAAGAUAAUAAAAAGAAUAUAAAGGAAUCUUUGAAUGCUACUAUUUAAACCUUCAAAGACAGAUAAAUGAUAGUAAUAAUACCUUACAUGAUAUAAGUAGGUUUGACAAAUGGAUUAUAAUCAGGAAUAUUCGUAACAAUGCUAUCUAGCACAAUGGAUAAAAAUACCACACAGAAUAAGUAAUUUGAAAAUUCUUUGUUUGUUAUGACUGCUUUUGGGGCAGGAGAAAUUUUUGGAGGAUUUCUAAUGCAAUAUGUGAUUAAGAAAUUUAAAUCAAACAAAGCUGGAAUUGUUUAUCACUCAAUUUUAGCUUCUAUUGGAUUUAUUACUCUUUUGAUAUACACCUCUAUUUUCGAAUUUAAUGCUUUAGCAUAUAUCUUUGCAUUUUGUUUUGGUAUGAUGGAUUCAGCUUCAAAUACCCAUAUAAGCAUGAUUUGUGGUUUUGAAUUCGAUAAGAAAAGCACUGAAGCGAUGGGUAUAUUUUACUUUGUGAAACCUUUUGGUAUAUUUAUAGCAGUUAUUAUUGAAAGUUUCUUUGACAGCGGAGACGACAUUUAGCUCUUGAUUUACUAUGCAUUAUGCUACAUUUUCUACAUGUUCGCUUAUGCUCUUGUUUACUUAGAAUUUUAAUUUACAGACAACUAAUAAGAGAAAAAUAGUUAAUUUGAUAUAAAUUAGAAUGAUAAUCUAAACAAAGCGAAUUAAAAUAAAAUAAAUAUUGAGAAGUAACCGUAAUUAGAUUGA